AUGUCCCUUUUGGAGGGAUAUAAAGCGUCGUUUCAGCGCAAGCACUUGGACGCCCCGGACCUCAAAGGAGAUGCAAGUACAUUGACAUCCGUAACGAAUGUCGCUCAGCGCCGGGACUACAUUCGGGCUGUAAGGUGUUUGGCGGAGAAACCCUCGAAUGCAGGUCGCGGACGUCCAGCGAUGAAGACGAGGUUCGACCAGUUCGUCGCUACCCAUUUCGAUCUCGAUUUGGAUAUUCACGUUGUCGGACAAUUCUUACCGUGGCACCGUCAUUUCGUGACACUCUACACCAACGCUUUGCGUGAGGAAUGUGGAUAUAGAGGGCCAACACCUUACUGGGACUGGACGCUCGACGCACACGCACCCGUACCUUUCGUAGACUCCCCCAUCUUCGAUCCAAUCCUCGGAUUCGGCGGUAACGGCGUGCCGGGCACAACACUAGCGCCCCUCCCACCCCUCGACACUGUGCAGCCCCUCCCACCCCUCCCAGGCCUCCCAACCGGUCCCCGCGCCCCCGAAGGCUGCCUCCUCUCCGGGCCCUUCCAGGACUUCAAAGUGCGUUUCGGGCCCCGCGCCACAGAAGAAUCGCCCACCGGCAUGUGCAUCGUCCGGGGGAUCUUCGAAGGCGUCAGGAGGAACUUGAAUAGCACGUCGGUUGCGGCUACGUUGGCGCAGAGGAGCUUUGAGGAGUUUAGGAGGUUUGUGGAUAUUCAGGGUGAGCCUUUUGAGGAGGCUGCGGGGAUUCAUUGGGCUGGACAUGCGGUUGUUGGUGGGACUAUGAUGAGUGGACGUGCAUCUCCUGCUGACCCCAUUUUCUACCUCCACCACGCCAACCUCGAUCGCAUCUGGGCGAAAUGGCAAAACGCCGAUCGCAAGAACCGAUUAUAUGAUGAUCAGUACAGCUUGGUGAAGUAG